AUGGAUCGAGUGCAGGCAUUCGGUAAGAACUUCAGCGCAAGCUUUACGCCUUUCGCGCAGCGCACCCAGCAGAUGAUCAAGGAGCAGCUAGGUCAAGUUGAAGAUAAGACCCAGCUCCCCGACGAAUACAUCGAGCUUGAGAAGCGUGUCGAUGCGCUCAAGCUGGUCCACCAGAAGCUGUUGCAGGUUACCUCCCAGUACUCCAACGAGGCUUAUGACUACCCUCCCAACAUCCGCGAGUCCUUCAACGACCUUGGCCGCACCAUCAAUGAGAAGGUCAACCUUCUUUCGCAGGCCAGCUCCCCCGCCGAGGCCCAGGCUGCCCUGACCGCACCCCCAACUGCUAAGCCCCAGCCCAAGACCUUCAACCACGCUAUCGCUCGUGCGUCGCUCUCUGGUUCGCAAACCCUUGCGCAGAGCAUCGAGGGCGAGGACCCUCUGGCCAGCGCACUGGAGAAGUAUGCUCUGGCUGAGGAGAAAGUCGGCGAGGCCCGUCUAGCUCAAGACUCCCAGAUUCAGUCCCGCUUCCUGGCUGGCUGGAACACUACCCUCAACACCAACCUCAUGUUCGCUGCUAAGGCGCGCAGGAACGUUGAGAACGCGCGCCUGACCCUAGACUCUAUCAAGGCCAGCAAGAAGGCUGCCGCCCGCGGCGACCUUGACAACCUGAGCGAGGAUGCUCGUCAGGAGGUUGAGCAGGCCGAGGACGAGUUCGUUGGCCAGACCGAGGAGGCUGUUAGCGUGAUGAAGAAUGUCCUUGAUACCCCGGAGCCCCUGCGCAACCUGGCCGAUCUGAUCGCCGCCCAGCUUGAGUUCCACAAGAAGUCCUAUGAGAUCCUCAGUGAACUUGCCCCCACUGUGGAUGCUCUCCAGGUCGAGCAAGAGGCUAGCUACCGCAAGGCGCGCGAAGGCGCUUAA